GCGCUGUGCGCCCUGCUUGUGAUCUGCAUUGUCUAACUGGGCAUUCGGAUCGCGCCAUACUCCCAGCAUACAAUCCGCGUCUUCGAAUGCGCCAUACCCCGGUAUCCGGAUACAAUGCGUGCCCAGCUACUUAAGAGAUGACCGCAGAGUACAUGGUACGCUCCCCCUCCGCUGAUCCUGCUUAUCACCCCUCGGGACACCGCGACGAUGGCCACCGUGCUCAACUAUGGCGGCAGCGACGCUAAGAAGGACGCAGACAUCACAACGACCGUGUCGGAGGACACGAGAAGCGAUAUCAAGGACACCGGGGCCCCUCCGCUAGGCGCGCCGAUCGACAAGAGCGGCGGGAUCUGGCGAAGGGGGAAGCCUCGUCUGGACUUAGACGCUGUGGCGACGCAGCUGUCUGUCUUCGACGAUCCCGCUGGGUUGGAGGCGUAUCGCCCACCUGCCCAGUACGAGAACGCGCAUCGCUUCGACCCCGAUGCGCGCUGGACAUGGCGCGAAGAGAAGCGCCUCGUCCGCAAGAUCGACAUCAAGAUCUUGCUGUGGACGCUCGUCAUGUUCUUCAGUCUCGACCUCGACCGGAGCAACCUGACGCAGGCGAACACGGACAACUUCCUCGAGGACCUCAACAUGACCACCAACGACUUCAACAUGGGGAACACCGUGUUCCGUCUGGCCUUCCUCUGCGCAGAGCUCCCUUCGCAGUUGUUGUCGAAGCGUAUCGGGCCGGAUAUCUGGAUUCCUUCCCAGAUGUCCCUCUGGAGUAUUGUCGCCUGCAGCCAGUUCUGGCUGACGGGGCGAAAGUCAUUCCUGGCGACUCGCUUCCUUCUGGGCUUCUUGCAGGGUGGCUUCAUUCCCGACGCCGUUCUCUACCUCAGCUACUUCUACACGAAGUAUGAGUUGCCCAUCCGUCUUGCCUGGUUUUGGAUCUCCAACUACGUCUCGCACAUCGUCAGCGCCCUCCUUGCCACUGGCUUGCUGCAGCUUCGUGGCGUCGCUGGGCGCGCAGGAUGGCGGUGGUUGUUCUUGAUCGAGGGCUUGAUUACUCUUGCUGUCGGCAUUUUCUCCUUUGCCAUGAUGCCUGCAGGCCCGACGCAGACGAAGAAGUGGUACCGUCCGAAGGGCUGGUUCACCGAGAGGGAGGAGGUCAUCAUGGUCAACCGUGUGCUUCGCGACGACCCAUCGAAGGCGGACAUGCACAAUCGCGAGGGCUUGAGCAUUAAAAUGCUGCUCACCUCCCUCUCCGACUGGCGCCUUUACCCCUUGUACGCCCUCGGCAUCACCCACAUGAUGCCCUCCGGCCCGCCGCAGACCUACCUCACCCUGUCCCUCCGCAACCUUGGGUUCAGCACAACCGAGAGCUCCCUCCUCACGAUCCCCUCGACUGUCAUCGGCGGCAUCGGCCUUGUACUCACGGCCAUCAUGAGCGAGGUCGUCGACAGCCGCGUCGCCGCGACGAUUACUGCACAGAUCUGGACGCUGCCGCUGCUCAUCGCGCUGUACACAUUUGACCAGAGUACUUCGCAAUGGGUGUACUUUGCGGUCGUGACGUUGAUUGCGGGAUUCCCAUACGUGCAUCCUAUCCAGGUCGCGUGGGCGUCGAGGAACUCGUAUUCAGUCAAGACGAGAACCGUGUCCGCAAGCGUGUACAACAUCUGUGUACAGGCCGGAUCUAUUAUCUACUCCAACAUCUAUAGGAAUGAUGAUAAGCCUCUUUACAAACGGGGCAACCGUGCCCUCAUCGGCAUCAACGUCAUGAACAUCUUCCUCUAUAUCGGCGUCCACUUCUUCUACAAGUUCCUUAACGCUCGUCGAGACAGGAUCUGGAACGCCAUGACGCCUGAGGAGCGUGAAAAGUACCUCGAGACCACGACGGACGUCGGAAACGCGAGGCUGGAUUUCCGGUUCGCGUACUAAAGGAGCUGGCUUUGUUACACA